AUGGCAAACGAACGAUCAAGCUCAAUCAUCUUCCUUUCCGUUCUUGUACUUGCUUUGGUUCUCUCUCCAAUCCUUCCAUGUCAAGCAGCUCGAGAGCUACUCGGUGGUGAAAUGCGUAUGAUGCCGGAGCUCCUGUGUCCUGCAUGUGUGUGUUGUGCACCAGCUCCACCUGGUGCUUGCUGUCCAUGUCAAUGCACCUAA